GUGUUUUCAGUAUUGCUCCUUCGAGUUCCCGGUCAAGAGAACAAAAAUAGUACAAGUUCUGUUUCCCCCAAAGUGGUGUUGGUGUGUAAGAAGCUUUUUCAACACACUACCGAGAAGAAAAAGAUUUUGUAUUUCGCUUUUUCCAUCAGUAAAUAAAAACCAAACCUAACAAUGGCCGAGAAACCGAAGCGUCCUCUAUCCGCUUAUAUGCUGUGGCUGAACUCUGCCCGCGAACAGAUCAAGAAGGAGAACCCCGGAAUCAAGGUGACCGAAAUCGCCAAGAAGGGUGGUGAGCUAUGGAGAGGCAUGAAGGACAAGUCCGAAUGGGAGAACAAGGCUGCCAAGAUGAAGGACGAGUACAACAAAGCCGUUCAGGAGUUCGAGCGAAACGGUGGCAGCAAAGAUGCUGGCAAGAAGAAGAGCAAGGGCGCCAAGAAGGCCCCCAAGAAGAGCAAAAAGAAGGACUCCGACGAUGAUGAUGAUGAGUCCGGAGAGGAGAGCGACUGAACUAAUCAACCUUUAAAGUAAAGUAAACUGACAAACAUAAAAAACCGUAAAAAAUUACAAAAAAAAGUUUAUUUUUAAUUUAUUGUAUAAAUGUUCGGGGCCUUACUUCUCAAUAGCAGAAUCAGGACUAGUAACAGACGCCAAAUUAUCAGAAUGCAAAAUCAUAGUCUAGACAAAAACAUCAUCAGGAUGCUAACCAAACAAAACGGUGCAGAUGAAAAAAAAGUUAAACGGUUUUGAAUUGUUUAAGCCCGCAGAGCGUACCUUCGCAAAAGGAAAGGUCAGUCUCUCUCUCUGUGAAAGUCUGUCCUCGGCGGCAGCACUACCUAGUGUUUGCGUGAACUUUUUUUCGUCUCACUUCAUAAAUGACAAAAUUGAUAAAAAAAAUAUUGGCAGCGAACUCCGGACGUUUGUUAAUUUUUCUUUCUUGAAUACACAUCUUGAUCAUAACGCAGAACGAACGCGUACAUCCCCUUUAUUUUUUUAAGGAAGGCCAUGUAAUAUUAAACGCAGGAGAUAAGAAAAAUUUUAAAACACAAAAAACAACCAUAAAAACAAAAACAUACUUUUAAGUUAAUUAAAUGUGUAUGAAACAAAAAAAUUAAAAAAAUGUAAUCUUAGGAGAAGGAAAACCGUAAGACAUAAGUGUACUCACAGCAAAAUACACAAAAACAAAGCGUAAAUAUACUUAGAGAAAUGGAACAUUUUCCUGUAGCAAUCAGUAAUUUUCUACAGUAGAAAAACCUUACAACAAAAUAAACGCUAAACAGUUUGUUUUAAAACACGAACAUUUCUUCUCAUUUUUUGUUUUCCCUCUCGAUCGUGUCGGUUGAUUAGGAAGAGUAUGAUAAGGAUAUUAAAGAAAAGUAUUGCAGAAUUAAUCACAUGAAUGCGUAAUUACCCCGACAAAAACACACAUACAUACACAACACACACGGAUGGUUUUCUCUCUCGAUUUGUGUAGUAGCAAGUGGUUUUUAUUUUUCGUUUGUUUGAAAAAUCUUAACGAUUAAAGUUGAUUUCUUGUGUAACCACGCGCGCUGCGAAGGCGGCAGACGUUGGAACACGUGUGGAUGUGACACAACUCACACAGUGAAGCUAGUUUAAAUAAAAACUAAGA